AUGAGUUCAGUGAUUUCGAAUGAAGCGGAUUUGACAGUUGAUAGUGAUGUGGUCAUUGCAGCUCCAAAUUACAAAGCGUCCCACACGCCAGCUGCGUCUGAGAGCAUACUGUCCGAGAUUGACAAUUUCAACAGCGCCUUCUCACUGCCUCAAAAUCACGACAUCAUGUCUGACGUGAGUGGUGGAAAUUUGGACCAAUCAGAAUCGUCAGAUGACCUGAAUGCGGGAGUUCAUAUGGGCGUUGGCGACUUCUCUGAAUACAUUAUAUCUGCUUCGUCUCAUGGGAGAGCAUCAGUUGAUGCCCUGCAGCAGCAUACAAGGCAAGCUCAGGAGCGGAGCAGCAAAGAAAGAAAGAGUGAGCCGAAAUCGGACAACAAAGAUGCCGAUUCGAGAGUGUUGUGUGUAUUCCUGGGCGAGGGUCACGUGGGAGGGGUGGUGUUCGAGGAGAGGGGGAGGUCACUGGAGUUCAUCGAGGACUGUCCGGAGCAGAAGCCUUUUCUGAACACCAGUUCACUCGUGCAUUCUCUCUCACCCUCAACCGUCCUUGUCAAGAAGGGAAAUAAGGAUUUCUGUGAUUUUCUGAGUCACUUAAAAUCGGAGCUGGAAGAGACGACAGUGGCGAAGGAUGAUGACUUAGCUGGGAACAGAGAGCGUUUUGCUCUGAAGGAACUCGGCUUCAAAAUGUUUGACUUGGAGAACGCCACCAAAAGAUUACUCGCCACUAAACUUCCAGGUGACUCUGCUAAACUACCGCUCAAGGUAUCAAUGUUCUGGCGGAAAAGACUUAUAACAAAAUUUAGCAGACCAAAAGAUAUUAUGAGAUAA